GUCGAAUCGUCAUCGAUACCCAGAGAAUUUGUUUAAGACAUAGAAUUGUUUGUUUUGUUCCCGCGAAUUUUUAAAGACCAAGCAAUGAAUUUAUUGAGCAGUAAAGGUACUUUGCACGUGGAGAUUCGGCUGAAGCGGAGCGAUCAACGUUUGCAAUCGCUGAGAACUUCGCUGGAUCCCAUUGUAAGUCAGUAUAUGCAGUCAGCCAUAUCGGUGCCGCAAAAUGUAUCUUUUGUGCCAGACCUGGGAUUGGAAGUGAACUCGCCGCUGCAGCAGCUGGUGGAAAGUUUCCUGGUGGAGAGCGACAGUGGCAGCAAUGUGACAGUAAAAGGAGCUCAUAAGUAUUGCUAUCAUUACUACAUGGCUCAGCGGGCAGAGCCAAGCAGCGGAUUGGGCUUGUUUGACAGUGGUUCCGAAGGAGAUGGUGGCGAUGGCUUGGAUAGUGUUGUCGCUGCCAAUCAUGUUCUCUUGCCAGCCACACAAUUCAUUGGCCUGUGGGAGAAUUUGGUCUACGAAGAUGGACUCAAGGAGAAGCUCUUGAAGUUUGCUUUGUCUGCGCUGAGUUUCUCGCAACAUGAAGUGGAUACCAACAUUAUAUCCUGCAAUCGACUGAUUUUGCUGCAUGGCCCACCUGGUACGGGCAAGACAAGCUUGUGCAAAGCCCUGGCCCAAAAGCUAUCUGUACGGACGCAGCAUACCUUUGCAUACACACAUUUAGUGGAGAUCAAUAGCCACAGCUUGUUCUCGAAAUGGUUCUCGGAAAGUGGCAAACUGGUGGCGAGAUUGUUUACUAAGAUUGGUGAGCUGGUGGCGGAUCGUAACAAUCUAGUGUGUGUGCUCAUCGACGAGGUGGAAUCUCUGGCAUAUGCUCGUAGUGCCAUGAGCAGCAAUGAGCCGCGUGAUGCCAUGCGUGUGGUAAAUGCCGUUCUUACCCAAUUGGAUGAUAUCAAGUCAUGUUCGAAUGUUUUAAUAUUGGCCACAUCGAAUCUAGCUCAAAGCAUUGAUUUGGCUUUCCUAGAUCGGGCGGAUAUACGUCAAUAUAUUGGAUAUCCAGCUGUUUCUGCCAUACGAUCUAUAUACAAAACGAUGUUGUCUGAACUUAUGAAUACGGGCAUACUGCAGCGCGAGGCUCUGGAGAUAGAGGAUGCCGAAGAGGGAUUGUUGACGUCCCUGGCCGAACGAAGCGUUGGUUUGAGUGGACGCACUUUAAGAAAGUUACCGCUGUUGGCUCAUGCCCGAUUUACCAGCGGUGAUCUAUUCGAGCCCAAUGAGAAGAUAGGUCUAUCCGAUUUUCUAGACAGCAUGUUGUUGGCCUUGGAGCAUCAUCUGGCCGAGCAGCAUCACCUAAAACAUGAAAAUAUUUAAAAUUUAAGUUUAAGCACUACUCUUGGAUGAGAAUCCAUUUUCUUUCGAUUGUGUUUUAUUUGUUUUUCAUACUGAUUCGAUACAUAACUCUUAGCCAUUUCAUCUGCUGCUACAUCUUUUUUUUCCAUCAAAUGCUUUACUCUGUAAACUUCAAUAAAAAACAAUUGCCCAGA